AUGACUGGAAAAAUCACGAAAAAGCCCUACCGUAAACAGUACCGUUCUCCCGAAGCUAUCGCCCGUCGCAACGAUCAAGAACGCGUUCGACAGAAGGAAAUCAACGAUGCGUUUGAUCAGCUUCGUGCGCAAAUCCCAUACGGGGAAUGGAAGGGAAAGAAGAUGUCAAAGUGCCAGACUCUCGAGGGAGCGAUCGAGCACAUAAGGAAUUUAGCGACGGUGAUCCAUGAAGCUGAUGCGAUGACUUGUGGCACUCAAUUUACAGGCUUCAAUAAUUCCUACAGUCUCUCCCCGACAAGCUCCAUCGACAUGUCUCAGUCUGGUUACAGCUCUCCAGAAACGUCCUUUUCUCCCUCCGUUCCAACUCACGGACAAACAUAUCCUAGUCUUCCAGAUCUAAGCUGCUUCUACCAAAACCUGAAUCCAAUGUACUGCGGCCAAACUUCAUAUCUAUCAGAAAUCCCACUCCUUCCGACUCAAGAAGAAACACCACUCGAUUAUUCCUCUGGUCGCUACUCGCCUUAUUAA